AUGUUGAACUUGAUGCGUCACUGGUGGAACCAGUCCAUCCACCAGCAUAAGGCCAUAAUUUCGGAUUCUCAAAUAAAAAUGCAGAACCGACUACGCCGGAAGCUGUUUGCUGGUGUCUGGAGUCUACUCAAAAACUACUGGGUUGCCGUGCUUUCAUAA